AUGGGCAACUCAGUCCCCGAUCUCGAUGCCGUAGGCAUCAAAGCCGAUCCCGACCUCGCCGACCAAUUCCGUCGCGAAGUCGCCUCUCUGCUCGGCCGCAACAACCUCAACUUCCCCGGCGCGCAACCCGUCAGUUUCUCGACACGGCAUCUGACCGAGCUCCAACGAGAAGAUUACUACGUGUGCGAAAAGACCGACGGAAUCCGAUGUCUUAUGUACUUUGCGCGGGGCGAACCGGAUUCCGACACUCCUGAAAUUCACUACUUGAUUGAUCGCAAAAACGACUACCGCUACGUCCCGGGCUUGCACUUUCCCUUACCGGACGAUGACACGUUCCAGCGCUUCCAUGUCGAUACGCUGGUCGACGGCGAGCUGGUCAAUGAUACCUACGAGGAUGGCACGCAGCAGCUCAAAUAUCUUGUGUUUGAUUGCUUGGUGCUCGAUGGGCAGAGUUUGAUGCAUCGGACAUUGGAUAAACGGCUCGCGUAUUUUAAGGAAAAGGUGCUCAAGCCGUAUAAUGCGCUGUACGAUCGGUUUCCCGAGGAGAAGCAGCAUCGGAUCUUUGCCGUGGAGGAUAAAUCGACGCAGUUUAGUUAUGGCAUUGAGAUGAUGUUUCGGGAUAUUAUCCCCAAGGUGAAGAAGAUUCAUGGUAAUGACGGUCUGAUUUUUACUUGUCGGAGUACCCCCUAUCGCAUCGGUACGGAUGAACAUAUUCUCAAGUGGAAGCCGCCCAGUGAGAAUACUAUCGAUUUUCGAAUGCGCUUGGAGUUUCCCCUGCUGGAACCGGAUUCGGAUGAUGAGGCUGAGGGUGUUACGGAGCCGUAUUACGAUUAUGAUGCCUUGCCUAUCUUUCAUCUGUUUGUUAUGCUCAAUUCGAAUGAGUACCGCCCCUUCGGGGAGAUGUAUGUCUCGCCAGAGGAGUGGGAGAACAUGAAGGCGUUGCAGCAGCCACUGGACGAUGCGAUUGUGGAGUGCGCUCAGGAUGAGCAGGGUCGCUGGCGGUUCCAUCGCAUUCGGGAUGAUAAGGCGGACGCGAAUCAUAUUUCGACGGUGGAGAAGGUGCUAGAGAGUAUCCAGGACCGGGUGACGGAGGAAGAUCUUAUUCGGGUAGCUCCGGCGAUUAAGACGGCGUGGAAGAAGCGACAGGCGCAGAUGUCGGAGCGGGGAAGACCCGGCAGUACGGCGCAGGUUAAUGGGAGUAAUGGAGUGAAGCGGAAGUUUGAGGACUAG